UCGCAAUCUAUAUUCUAUCUUUUUCUUUCACGAGCAAAAUGACUUCAAGAUCAAGUGGUUACACCAUAGCCGAAGACGCAUUGUUGUGUCAAGUGUAUUUAGACAUAAAUCAAGACCCAAUCCUCAGCAGAUAUCAAUCUGCAAAUGAUUUUUGGUCAAGAGUUGAGGCUAAGUACAAUGAACAUCGUCAACAAAAUCACGAGCAACGUAAUACACGUUCAUUGCAUUCAAGAAUGAAUACAAUAAGUACUCAUGCACGGAAGCUAAAUGGGUGUGUGAAGCAAGUGAGAAUUUAAAUCCAAGUGGUGCUUCCGAAAAAGAUAUUUUGGAUCGUGCUAAAGUUUUAUUUAUGCAAGAUCCAAAAUAUUCUAAAGGUUGUUAAAUUUGACCAUGUUUGGGAUAUGAUUAAAAAAUUUGAAAAAUUUAAAGAUAAUGUGUCAACUGCAAGACAUGGUGCUCCAAAAAAGGCAAGUUGAUUACGACUCUUCCCAAUCCGACUCUCAUCCACGAUCUCCAAUUUCCUCAUCACCUGAAUUGUCAUCUUCUUUCAAUAAAGAAGUUGAUACUGAUUCCGGGUCAGAUUUUUCAAAACAACCAAUAGGGGUAAAAAAGGCCAAAUUGAAGAAGAAAAAUGAUGAGGACACUACUGUUUUGCUUAAGUCAGUUAAGAGCGACAAUGAGCAACUUAUAGAGAUUUUGAAGAAAUCGUCAUUAGAUCGACAAGAACAAUUGCAAAUUCAGCGACAAAAUAUGGCAUACAAAGAACAUAAAAGAGAAGAUAAAAUUAUGUUCAUGGACUUGGAUUCUAUUCACGAUCCACAAACGCGAGCGUAUAUCAUUGCAGAAAGAUAAAAAAUUUUACAAAAAAAAUCUCAAGAAAGGGGAUCAUCAGCUGCAUUUGGGAAUCUAUUUGAUGGUCUUGAAGGGUUUGGAAGCAUGUUGAAUGACUACUAAUUUCUAACUUAGUAUGUACUAUGUAUGUUUUUAAUUAUGUUUUAAUUUUAAUUAUAAUGGUGUUAUUAAUUGCAAUUUUAAUUAUGUAAUUUUCUUAAGUAUCGUUUGUAUUCUAUUAUUAUGUUGUUUGGAUUUGAAACUCUAUUUAUAAUAUUGUGUGAUUUAAAUUUUAUUAUAUUUUUAAUUUUUUAUGAAAUUAAUAAUUUUAAUUACUUGUUCUAUACGGAGGUUUUUACUUGGAUUGCGAUUUGUCCCAGAACAGA